CAGGCUAUAUCACGAUCUCAUCCACACGAUCUCAUCCACACGAUCUCAUCUGCGCGAUCUCAUCUGCGCGGUCUCAUCUGCGCAAUGUCGUCGGCCCAUCGCCACCACGACUGCUCCCAGGCCGGCUGCCAUAUUCCCAACCCUGUAUACGCCCAGUCGCUCGACGAGCUCGAGUUUGAGCGCUCGUUGCCGGGGCUGGCCCAGUCGGGCGAUUCGUCUCGGGUCCAGAAGCUGCUUGCCAAGGGUGCCGAUCCGAACCAGCCGGAUUCCUCGGGCUAUACUGCUCUCGUAAGGAUGCUCCAGCUGCCUCGGCCCUGUUGCGAUCUGCACGAUCGGGAGCACGUAGCAUUGUGCACAUCCUCGGAUGCACCGCACCCUGCUCUCGUUAAUCCCAUCUUCUGCCCAUGCUCUGGACAACAGCACUAUGCCAGCCGACAGGGCAAUGUGUCGCUCUGCCGCAUGCUGCUCGAUGCCGGUGCCGAUCCGAACGCGGCGACGAUGCAGCUCAAAACAACGGCAUUGCACCGCUCGGCUGCCCAGGGUCAUCUCAGCGUCACCAAGCUGCUCCUAGCAUCGGGCGCAAAGCCAGAUGGCCAGGACGAUCGAGGACAGACAGCUCUGCAUGCCGCAGCCCAGAACGGCCAUCUCGACGUCGUCCGGCUCAUACUCAACACCUCGGCAGACCCAGCUGGGCUCAAAGCGACUCGAGACCGCAAGGGCCAGACUGCCUCGGACCUGACCGCCGUCGACGACAUCCGGGCUCUCCUUUGCGCCAGCUGAAGAGGCAGCCGCUUCCGCUGGAGCUGCUUGGGACGGCCAGCACCCGUUUGCUGUUUGUGAAUCGAUAAGAGUGAUCUUGCUCAUUUGUUCGGACGUAAUGGCAGCCUCCGGAUCGAGUGCCGUUGGAUUUGCGGACUGGGGCAGCCGACCGCCCGCCGUCGAUGCUCCAAGCAGCAUCCGAGGUUUGCCAUCGGCGAGUGCGGUCC